AUGCACUUCAUCUCUAUAUUCACUGGCUGCCUCUUGGUUUGUCUAGCCACCGCCUCCGCUGCUGGGCCCAGAGAGCAGCCCAUCUAUGCAAAUGUCACUCUGAUCGACGCAAUUGACUCGAGUGUUGGAUAUCUCAACUUGGACUCCUCAAUCGGCAAUGGAGUUGUCGCAUUCUCCCGCAAUAAAAUGCAUCACUGGGAUUUCCGGUAUAUUGGCGACAGCUUGUCAGGAUGGCACGUUGUCCGAGAUAGCAACAGCACGAGAUUUAUUCAAUUCCCAGAAUACGAAGAAGGCGCAAUCGCAGCUGUGACCGAAUCAUCUGUAUCAGCCGUCAGGAUUAUGUCAAUUCGCAAGGGGGUAUAUAUGAUCAGUUCUGGGGAACUCAGUGGGAAAGGCCUUUUAUGGACAGUUGAGCCGUUCAGUGACAAAAAUCCAACCCGAGUUCUGAAAUUGAGGAAACCGACCAAUGGUGCACACCAACUCUUCAGGAUUGAUAAGCUUCCUCAGAAUUAG